UACCCUUUCUUCCAUCCCCUUUAAUAGAGUUUUCCUCUCUGAUUGAAGAUUUCUUUUUUCUCGGCGACGGUUUAGCGAAUUCUCCGGCGAAGCUAUGACGACAAUCAGUCUCCGCAAGCAAAACACGAGGCUCCCACCUGAAGUCAACCGCGUGCUCUACGUCCGUAACCUCCCCUUCAACAUAACGAGCGAGGAGAUGUACGAUAUCUUCGGCAAGUACGGCGCGAUUCGCCAGAUUCGCAUCGGCUGCAACAAGGACACGAAAGGUACUGCCUUUGUCGUCUACGAGGAUAUCUACGACGCGAAGAACGCCGUGGACCAUCUCUCCGGGUUCAACGUGGCGAAUCGGUACCUGAUUGUGCUGUACUACCAGCACGCGAAGAUGAGCAAGAAGUUCGAUCAGAAGAAGAAUGAGGAAGAGGUUGCUAAGUUGCAGGAGAAGUAUGGUGUCUCUACUAAAGAUAAGUGAACAUGUGUGUCGUUUGAUUUGAUGAUUUAGGGUUUUUUAAUUGGGGAAAGUUUCGAGCUUUUGUUUCGUUAUCUGUAUUGAGUUUGUAUGUUGAACUUGUUUGGUCUCUUGUCCUUUAUAUCGACACAUCAAUGAAAAAGAACCUCUUUUAACAACUA